AUGGAUGGAGAACUGUUAGAAGACCUGCUGAGGAUACCUCAUCAAAAUGGGUGGAAAAUUAAAACAUGGAAAAAACGUUGGUUUGUUUUUGACCAGAAUAAGAGAACGUUUUCCUAUUAUGCAGACAAGCAUGAGGCUAAAUUAAAAGGAGUAAUAUACUUCCAAGCCAUCGAAGAAGUGUAUUAUGAUCACCUCAAGAAUGCUAAUAAGAGUCCUAAUCCGUUACUCACCUUUAGCGUGAAGACACAUGAUAGAAUCUAUUACAUGGUAGCUCCAGCACCCGAGGCCAUGAGGAUCUGGAUGGACGUUAUAGUCACGGGGGCAGAAGGAUACAGCCCACUUCCUAUUGUAGUGAACUGA